AUGAGAGUGCGGAGGGCGGAUCCUCGUUUCAACACGCCAUCCCUCCACGCCACACAGCGGUCCAAGAGGAGGGUGCUCACGCCGGGAGGAAUUGUGAGGGCAUCCAGCCUCUUUCCGAUCCUUAGUACCAUCCUGCUACUUCUGGGAGGCCUUUGUUUGGUCAUAGGAAGGAUUUACAGCACCAAGAACAAUAUCCUGUUAAGUGGCGGAAUACUGUUUGUGGCUGCAGGCCUGAGCAACAUUAUCGGCAUUAUCGUCUAUAUCUCCAGCAACGCCGGCGACCCCAGCGACAAGCGCGACGAGGACAAGAAGAACACCUACGCCUACGGCUGGUCCUUCUACUUCGGCGCCCUGUCCUUCAUCGUGGCCGAGUCGGUCGGCGUGCUCGCCGUCAACAUUUACAUCGAGAAGAACAAAGAGAAACGCUUCCGGGCGCGCCGCGAGUUCAUCAAGUCUACUUCCUCGUCUUCGCCCUACUCCCGUAUCCCCAGUUACCGUUACCGCCGGAGACGCUCCCGCUCAAGCUCACACUCCACCGACCCGUCCCGCGAACCUUCGCCGGUGGGGAUGAAAAUGGCGAUGUCUGGAGGCGCGGUCGGAGGGGGAGGGUUCGGGAUGGGCAUGGCGAUGGCAGACAUGGGCAUGUACUCCUUCGCUCGGGACCCCAUGAAGGGCGGGGGUGCAACAGCUGGGCCUUACAGCCCCGAGCAUGACUCCCGAUUCCUCCAAGUCCACAACUGCUUCCAGAAAGAUCUUAAGGAUGGCGUCAAUAGGAGGACAACGCCAGUAUGAGUGUUGGAGUGUAUCGUUGUGAUAGAAAAACUAUGGAACUGAAUACAAUAUCAGGAAAGGAGUAAUAGUUGAACAUAAUAUAGAAAGUCACAGGACAAUUGGAGUUUCUCUGUGACUGAUCCAUCUUGAAUGGUCAGAUGUCAUUUGAUGGAGCGCACUAUCCUCUUUGGCAAAUUAGUCUUCAUGAGGAUAAAUGGGUGGACUGGAACUCCGAUAUAUUGGCCUGCAACUUAAUAUGUUGACAAAAAGAAAACAUAGUUACAAAAAUAAGUAGCAAUAUUUUGUCAAAUGCUGAAGUACUUAUCCCCAAAAUGUUGCAUAUCCUUUUAUUAGAUGUUUUAAAUAGCUGAAAUAGUUUCCAAGUUAUUCAAAUUGUUGGUGUGAGUGAUUUUUGCAAAUACAAACUGGUGCUAACUGUGUAAUAUCCUUAGGCUUAUCCCAACUACCAUGCUACAACCUGGAACCUGCCCAGGCUGCUUGGUAGGCUACUUGUUGACUGCUGAUGUACCUGUAUAUUUGCUGUGUAGGAUUAUACGAACCACUGCCACAUUCUAAUGAGUGGCGCACAUAUCAUACGGCACAUUGAUGCUUGUAGAUAAGUAGAAUACAGGACAAUUAUGAUAGAAGAGUCAACAAUAGAAUAUUCAAUGUAAUGUAUGUUUACAUCGAUUACAUUCCGACGUAGACAGUGAUAGAUUGAUUUCUGUCAAACGUAUUUAGGUUACAGAUGUCUUAAGUGUUCUAUCAACAGGCUCAGGGACAAUGAAACUAGACAUUUAACACAUUCAUGUUGUGAAAGACUUUAAUAUUUGAUGUUGUUUUAUGAUCUUCUCUAAAGCCUGACAGACUGUUAAUUGUCUAUAUAUCGAGCAGAGAUCACUUUAUGUGUAAACGUUUUUUCAUUCAUAUUUGGGGCUUGAGUUUGGAAAGUUAUUACGUUUCCCUCCCGGACCAAAAUUCCAGUUUCCAUUCAAAGUUAACUUUUUUCGAUUCACGUGUGAUUAAACACAUAACAAUCCAUUGAAUUGGAUACAACCAUUCCCCCGCUCACUCAAAAUCAUCUGUGGCUUUCUGGCAUAGUUGAAGUAGGCAUACCGAUGUAAUUAAGCGUCCAUAGUCUGUUAUGAUCUGCUCUAAUGGCAUGAACAGAAUCCACAGGGUGUCAGAGAAACUAGAAUAAACACACUUCACGCAUGAAUCGUCAAUGAACAGAUUGGCAAAUGCUCAAAUAUCUCCCGACUCAACCGAAAGCUUCAGCAUAAUGCGCACUUAAUCUUGGUGUUGCUUUUACAGAUCAUUUGAUGGCAUGGUAUUAUUCAUAUUCCAUGUGAUUCCUUUUCUUAGCAACGAUCAAAAAAUGGAUUUCCAUUGGUGUUGUGUUUUUUUCACACGGUUGCACUUGUAUUGCCCUAUGAGUAGCCUGUUUACUAAACCGAAUGGUUGUCAGACCUCGACAAGUUUCACUCGGAAUGAGUGGAACAAUAUAUCUUAGUUACGCCAAAAUGGUCCACUGAACAGUACUCUGUUCAAGCCAUGUGGUUUGAGUAAUUCCCCCACAAAUCUCAUUUUACACUUAGCUGUCAGCCAUGCCAAAGCCAAUCCGUCCCUAACCCUUGCAGAUAUUUUCGGCCACGAGAAAGCUUAAUGGUCUUGUCUGCCUGUGAGUUUCGUUCCCCUGUGUUGGAGAGGAAUAACAGGAUAUGUGUUCCUCGUGGCCAUAGAGCUGGCCACUAGUUAGAUAAAAUGAUUAUGAAAAGGGAAUAGGUUCUGAUCAUGUUUAUUAACUUUAGUCAAUCAGCUUUGCAUGGUGGCCUUCCCGGUAAAAAAGAAAAAAAGUGUGUGUUGUGUUUGUUACUUUCAAGGUUGUACUCAAUGUUGAGGCUACUAACUUCCUCCCUUACAAGCUCUUCUACCUUUCCAACUUCCUUCCACACGCCCUUUCCACCACAUAGGGUCUCUUUGACCAUGUAUCUUGCUUUUUAAAAUGGCCGACAUUUCUGGCAGAAGUGGAAAUCCUCGGCUCUUUGUUCCUCAUCACCUCGCAGAGCCGGUUGCCAUCAGCCAGAGCGGGAUCACUCACCACAGUCCUGCCAUGACAGGCAAUCAGGGCCCAUCUCAAGUGAGACACAUGAGUGCCUACUGGUGUGUGGUGAUAACCCAAUCAAGAAGCCAUUGGAGUGGGACAGUGGGCAAAUCAUAGUGGAUAAGAAGGGGGCACCAACCACAAUGGACAUAAAUGGGACGGGGACCAAUCAAAGUGAAGAAAUUGGACAAGGUACCAAUCAUUGUAAAGAUAUUUUGGACUACAGGAAGAUGGAGGAAGCAGUCUACACUUUAUAACCCUACGACUAAAUCAGUAGGGUAUCAUAAUGUCAUAUGUUACACUAACACUGAGCCAUUCAACCAAAUGAGGCUAGAGUAUGUUCUAUUUCUACAAUGUGUUCUAGGGAAUUGUGAGCAUUAUCGUAUUGAACUGCUUUACCUCAAGUUCUAAUAAGCUCCUAUUCAAGGACUUUGGUUGCAGUGAGAUUUGAGGAGUGUGUCAUCUGAACUCAAAGCUGUUACUUAACUGCGAUAUCAGCCAAGACUUGAGUGUUUGAAAGCUCCUGCUAUGUGUCUUAUGACUAUGGAAAUGCACAGUGACAAUUAUAAACGACACGUCUACCCAUAUCCUUAUUCCAAAAAGAUUAAAGGUUCAUAAGAACACAAAACUAUGGAAAGAUGAUAACUGUUAAGGGUCUUGAAGAAUAGCAAAAAUAAAACUGUAUCAUACAGCCCAUGAACGUAUAGGCUCUUAGUUAAAUUACCCGAUUAUAAAUAGUGGAUGAUUAUCUACAUUUUGUGCUCCAGGUUGAGAACAUACUAAUAGUCUUCUACAAUGUUUUAUGUAGACCCAUUACAUGAGCUCGUGCUCUCUGUGUGUAGCUAACAACCCGUAAAUUGUCUGAUAAAAGCCUGUAAAAUAUAAUGUAUAUUUAACUCACAUAAAUAUUUAUAGAAAAACCUACACACUGAUUUUGUCUGCAAUGUGUUUAGUUUUUAUAUUUGGGGGUUUGUUGUGUCAUUUAUCUCAAAUAAACACCUUCA